CCUAAUACAGCGUUAAAAACUGACGUUGCUCGUAGGCAGCAUUUAGGCGCUUACAUGCUUAAUUUGGCCCAUAAUUUUGAUCUCCUUCUUCCAAUACUCCUGAACUAGUGGAUCGAGUGGACCAUGAGGCUUUUUACAUGCAUAUUCAAGUCCUGUGCUCACGUCCCAGCGAUGAGUUACAGUUCCGAAGCCGCCGGCGCCGAGGAACCCUCUUUUGAUGAGAAUAAGGUCUUGGGGUGGAGUUUGUGCCCCACUCACAGGCGCCGUCGGAGUUCGACUUUGUAACCCCAAGCCGCCGAAAAACAGUUCAGUCGACGCCGUCAACUCGUUGCGAAACUGUUCAACCUUUGAGAUAUAUUGGGCCGGAUGAUGACCCGUUCAGGCCUUGGAAGCGACGAUUACGAAUUGGAGAUGUGGAUGGAGACGAACGACGAUUUGCUUGAAUUGAUUAGCAGUCGGGUCACCAAGGAUCCAGGUAAAGUUGCGGCGUUUCUCUCCUCCUUUCCCGUCAUAGAACACGGUGGUCCCGUUGCUGGAUCGGUCAUAUAGGAUUAGUCGAUUCCGGUUGUCAAAUGUCAAAAAGAAAUGCCGCGCGCUGAUGUGGUAGUCCGUUUGUAGGUUUGGUAGGAAAAUAUCGCAUGUGCUCCUAUCUCUUCUCUUCCGAGGCAAAACCCGUGGUUACCUUGUUUUGGUCGAUGGCUAAACGUCAACCGCAACGCAUCCUUAUUACGGUAGCUAAAAGAUUCAUAAUUGUUCUCUUCUGGCUCCGGCGUGGCGUCUCUGCUCCGGAGACUUAGUGACGGUUGUUCCGCCUGGUGCAUGGCAGGAAUGUGCAGCGAUGCGUUCUCAGGGGCGGUAAUAGCCGCGAUGGCAUCAGAAGAUUGCUGAUAUGGGUACAACACAGCGACCAGGUCCGGGUGUUCCAUUAUCAAAGCUGCUUUGUUCGACAAACUGCAAAGGCAUAACCCAGAAUCAUGCGGGGUUCGAGAGUCUUUAUUAGUUUCAUGACUGAGUGCAGAAAGAGCCCCAGCAAGGCUGCAUAGGCCAUGAACAAAGGACUGUACAUAACAUCCGGGAAGGCGGCUGGUGUUGAUUAUUGGGUCUUACAUGUCGUGCGUCUCUGCGCCAUGCAUCUCCCGAGACUCUGUCGCUCAAGCAACGCAUUCAUUCGACGAAAUCCAUGACCGCCGCCGGGCAUCAAUGCAGGAGACAUCGCAACAAGGGGCUCAAUGAGAUGACUAAGCAGAGGAACCAACUGGGAAAUAAAUCCAUAAUAAAUACCGACUCCGUGGCCUAACGAGCUGAACAAAAACAAAGCCAUCUUUCCGCCAGCUCCUGACCUCUCGUUCCCAUCCGCACCGAAUGAUAUGUAUUGAUGUGUGCUCAGUCUCUUGGACUUGUGUCACGAAAUCCAACUACCAUGCCAUCUCCUAGAUCCAAACUACGAGCUUGUGAUGUCGCUGCCUUUGACGACGCGGAACUAGACCGGUACCUAGAGGAGAACGGAAGGACAAUUUCUGUUGAAGACCCUGAGAAUAUACCGGAAUCUUUUAUUCAGAGAUUGAAGUAAUCUAUCUCAAUCUUCGCGCUAAAACCUCUUGCUUCUGGUGCCUAAUCGUCGUAGGGACCGAGUGAAUAACGAAAGCAGAGCUGUCAAGUCUCUUCCAGUUGACCUGGAUCAAGUCAGCGCACGCCUUCUGCAAGACGCCACUGGUAAAGUGCCACAAGACCAACAACCAGCUCCUCCAAAACGAAUGCCCAGAUACGAGGAUUCAAUAGAAGAGAUUCGCUGGACGGCAGAGUCUAUCUGUGGAACUACGCCAUCCCCCGACCUAGAGGCACAAAGACGUCACACCCUACAAGAAGAAACUAAGGCAUACAAAGCGCUUGUUGAAUCCGGUGGGCGACCGUCACACCCUUUUCGAGAUAAUACCGCGGAACUUUUCGAAAACCCAGGAGAAGACCGCGAUCUCCUAUUGUUUUGGGUCCCCGGAAACAGUGCGCGGGAAGAGCAUCUAUUUUCGAUCCAAUGCCACAGGUGGAAAACCUUCCGCAAGUUCCAGAGAUUUAUGAGGGAACGAAAUAUUGAAGAUGAGCGGGCAAUAUAUAUAUAUUCAGGACAUGACUUCUCGGAACUGAGGGAGUGGAAAAGUUUUAUCGGCCACCAAAAGCCAGUAGCGGGAGAAGAGGGACGCUUCCCAAUAUACGCCAGAGCAGUGAAGGACCGGCUUGUGAGACAUGAGUUCACACGCACCUUCCAGCUCGACGAGGAUCCGACUAAACAGGACAGUUUGACAACUUGGAUUGAAUAUCUUGGCUAUGAAUACUGGUGGUAUGAUCGGUACGCCCUUACAGAGGGCCAACAAGCAUGGCUUGAUAGCAAGUGGAAGGAUGUCGUUGCCAGCCAGGUAUUGAAACCUUUCGAGACACUGGAAUCCGUAUGUGGUUUUGAAGCAAUAAUGCAAAGGACCAGCGAAUUGGUUCGGUCUCAAGAGGCUGUGGAAUCCGCAAAAUGUGCCUUUCUUUUGGCUCAAAAAGCCAAAUCUGACCCACAAAUCUCGAGACAACAUUCUCUCAAACAAAAUGAACGGAGGCUGCUACAAGCAGAAUCCAGGUUAGCCGAGGCAGAGAAGGUUCACGAAUUCGUAGCACGCCGAGAAAAAGUCAUCGGCCGCUUCCUCGUAGCCACAGCUAAAUCUCGAACUUUCAAACAUCAUGCAGAACGUCAUAAAAUACUACUGAAAUGGAUACUGGAGCAGCUCCCUAUGAUCGAGAGUGAGAUGAAGCAAUCCGAAACGAUGGCGAACGCAUUAAAUUACGAAUCUAUCAGCGCCAAAUCGAGCCUCAAUCAAACCGAUCAUACCAGCGCGGGAGAAGGCUACAAUGACCAGGAUAAUAAUAAUACGGGGAGCCUUGCGGCGUUGAAUCGCCAGACACCCAUAGCCACCAACUCUCAAGCGAGCAAAGCGCGUAAGCACAGCCAUGACAUAGCUAGCGAAGAACACCCAUCAAAGCGGCCAAGACGCAAUAGCCUAGAGUCCGCCCUUCCCGAUUUCAAAAUAUCCGAGUCAGGAGCUGCAGCUGAAGCUGCAGCAACAGAAGUGGACAUCGAAGGGUCGCAGAACCCUAAUCUUCCUGCAUCAAGGAUGACAAGGCAAAAGCGAAAAGCUGCUAUGGUAGCAGUAGAGGAAGAGAGUGAUGCUGAAGAAGAUGACCAGAUUUCCGCUCAGGGCACCUCACAGGAAAGGCGAUCAUCUAAGCGGCAAAAGCGCGAUAGGCAAAAUAGGACUCUCUCUGCUUACAAGAUAUCUGAAACUACAGAUACAGCAGUACCAUCAAAUGCAGCCGCUGAAGAGUGGCAUGUUUCUAAUACCGCCUCAUCAAGGAUGACUAGGCAAAAGCGAAAAGCGGCUACCGUAGCAGCAAAGGAAGAACGGGAUGUUAAAAAAGAUGACAAGGUUUCCACUAAAGACAGUUCACAGGGAAAGCGCGUGUCCAAACGGCAAAAGCGCACCAAUACAACUGGGGCUCGCUCUGCUUAUGACAAAUCUGAGACUGCAGAUACAACGGUAUCAAGGAAUACGGCUACUGGCGAACUUCAUGCCUCCGAGGCAGUUUCGUCAAGGCUGCCCAGACAAAAAUCAAAAACAGCUACAGCGUCAGCAAACAAAGAAGGGAAUGCGGAAACUGACGAGAUCUCAAGCCGAGGCGCUCCGAUUCGAAAUGGAAGAAAGAAGAACUUUCCUUCUUCUGGCGCACAGAUCUCCUCUACGAGCGCCAAACCUGUUCGUCGCAGCCUUAGAAUUGCGCAGAAAAGAGCAGCUCUUAUUGCUUCUGUGACGUCACUUCCAUCUUAAAAUACGUGGUUCCCAGCAAUACUCACCUGCAUUUUAUAAAAAAAUAAAUCUGGACCGCCGUCGAGGCCAAUACAGAAAGCGCUGAAAGAGAGCAAUAUACAGCACACAUUUGUGGCGUUGAAGGGACAGUCUAACCCGGGCACCCUUCUAACCAGUUUCUAUCUAGGAACACGAACUUUGCAGAAUAAGGGUAAAGCCGCCCUGAAUCUGCUUGCCUAUCCAUUAUUCCCAUGGUGAGAUAUGUUGGAAAACCUUGAUGUCGUAUAUAUAAGCGCUGAUAUGGCUUCGAGGCCCGUCACUCUGGUGAAUAUACGAACCACAUGCUAAACAUAUCGUGCUGCUGUACGAGAAAGGUAUUGCCCAUUCAAAAGUUAGGCACUUCCCUUUCAUAGUCCAUCCAACCCAUGGAGGUGAUUUUGAAGAACCCGCAUGUGCUUUUGUCUUUUGACUGUAUCUGCUAAAUAUACCCAACAAAUACGUACCUCUCGUCGUAUACGAAUAUGUACAUUUUUUUUUCCUUAGGGGAUUUUUUUGGUUCUUUUUUCUUUCAUCUUGUUGUUUGUGUUUUUCUUUUCUAUCCUUCACGUAACCAUCUUUUCUUCUCUUUUCAUCCUCUUCAUUUUCCUUUUCCUUUAUUCCCCUUUUUGCUUGCUUUUUUUCUCGCAAUAGGUUUGAGCCACAUCACUUUGAUGGUUGAACAUUUUCAUAUGAUUUUUUUCAUAUUUAUCUUUUCUGUUUUUAAAUAUCUAUUUUCCCUUUCUGGUUCUGUUUGUUAGGCCACAUUAUUUUUGAUGGUUUGAACAUUUUUCUAUUCUCUAUUCCCCCCCCCCCCUCUUUCAGGCCACUUAUUUAUCAGCCGUUACACUUUUGUCCAAGCCACAUCAUUUUGAUAGUUUGGAUUAUUUGGUUUGUCCAUUUUCGCUC